AACUAAAAUUAAGUAUUAACUGGCAAGAGGAAGUAUAAUUAAAUGGCAAAAUUAUGCAUAACACCAGUAUAAUAGUCUUGUAGUUCUACAAAAAGUUGAGACAGUAAGAAUGCCAGACAAAGUCUCGCGACAACCCACUACGGUUUCGCUAAUACGUUGGAUAAAUUGGCCCCUCCCACGAAGUGCUAACCGCGCUACUCGUCCCUCUGUAGCACGGCGAUAGCUUAGCGGCGAAGUGUUGAAGAGAUUAUCAACGAACGCAUCGGUGUUUCACGGUCCAAAGCGGACGUAUAUACAACAGUUGAAAAGUGACUUGGUAGCUCCAAAAUGGUGAAAGUAUUCAUUGGGAACUUGGCGUCAGAGACGACUUCAGAAGAACUUCGCUCCCUCUUCUCCCAGUAUGGCAAGAUUGCAGAAUGCAGUGUCGUCAAAAACUUUGGCUUUGUCCACAUGGACAGCAAAGCGGAGGCUGAAGAAGCCAUACGUAACCUCAACAAUUACGAGCUAAACGGUCAACCCCUCAAUGUUGAAUUGAGUCGUGGCAGGAUGAAAGGAUCAACCAAACUGCAUGUUGGCAACGUUGCGUGCUCCAACCAAGAGCUGAGGGCUAAGUUUGAGGAGUUUGGUUCAGUGUUGGAGUGUGACAUUGUUAAAAACUAUGCUUUUGUUCACAUGGAGAGAUUGGAGGAUGCCAUGGAAGCCAUUGAACAGUUAGACAACUCAGCUUUUAAAGGCAAACUGAUGAGCGUGAAGCUUUCCACUAGCCGCCUGCGUACUGCGCCGGGAAUGGGAGACCGAUCGGGUUGUUAUCGUUGCGGGCAAGAAGGCCACUGGUCCAAAGAGUGCCCUCUAGACCAAAACGGCUACCACAGAAACGGCUCAGAAUCUGAUGGAUACAGUGCUUCGAGAUAUGGCGGGCGUGGUCGCAACCGGGCUUAUCAUCCAGACUACACUGGCGAUCCAGAUUAUGGUGACGGAUAUGCACCUGUACCUGUUUUGUCCCGUGGUUCUGCUCACAGCAGCAUGGCAGGGUACAGGCGAGUCGCAGGCUACGAGAGUGCACCGAGAUAUGGGCCACCUCCGGGUUACAGCGUAAGCAACGUUGCUGAUCAUAGCGUGACUCAAAUGUACGGCAAUGAGGUGGGAUACAGGAGCACCGGCUCAUACUACGCCGCGGUACCACCUUACCCGACGCGGCGAUCGCCUUACGAAGAGCGGGAUCCGUACGGUGUCGUGGACUACUACGAGAAGUACAGGGCUAAUGCAUAUGGAAGCGGCUAUUACGAGGGACACCGCACUGUCCCCCUGCCUGCUCCGUCAACCACCACCACACAGGGUCCUCCCCACUCUAUGAACCCAUACCAAUACCCUCCACCGCCUCCUCCACCAGCUUCAGUCUCCUCAUACUACGCACGUGACCGGAGUCCGGUUCGGAGAGCUCCUGCCGAGGCGGAAGGAUAUUCAUAUGACCGGUCGCGUACAUCCACGUUGCAACCCAUUCCAAGAAGCUCCACUUACGAUCAUUCUGUUGCUGAGCGGCCACGGUAUGCAUACUAGCCGGUGUCCUAAGGAGCCAUGCGUGAGCCUCCUUACCCCUCUAGAAGAUAGUACGAAACAGUGGUUCCCAAGCUUUUUCUGUAGUUCCCCUCUUUUGUAGAUAGGACCAUUGUUGACAGAUAUUCUCUCCGGACGGAAUAACAAGAUCACUAAACAGUAUAACUUUAAACUCCCCAAAGGAGCCCAGCC